AUGCAAUCACCAUCCCUUUUGGAUCUUCAACGACCAAUACUCGUCCCAACCGGUGAUAGCAGUUUGAACGUCGCGUUCGACUCCUCCAACCUCAUCCACAGCAGGAAGAGAAAAAGCAGUGAGAUUGAGCCUGGCAAUCAUGGCCUGCAGUCAGACGUUUUCGCUGCGAAGUUACUCUCUCCAAAGCAAACAGUCCUCAACUUCGCGCCGGUAACGCUUGUGGCUCGGGCAUGUCUGCCAUUGGCAUGGCUCGACACCUCUGCCGGUACUAGCCGCACGAUCUUUGAAGCAACCAUUCUUUCAGUGGAAGAAUGGGAACAACGUAUUCUGCUCGUCCGUCAAGUUCCUAACGGCGGUCUCCAUGCCGUUGAGCGGAUUGGCCAAGAUGUCUACAUUGCAUGUCCAUUGCACAGUUCGAUUUCGGAAGCAUGGUGCUAUGAUGCUGCAAUCGGAAAAGUAGCUGAGGUCAAAGUUGAGGAUUUAUUGCGGGCAGAGGGAGAUGACGGCCUUCGCAAUUCCCAUACACGUACAGGAUCAGUCUCGAGUCUGCCAGCAUUGUCCACGCCGAAGAGUCCCAAGAAACCAACAAAUCGACGCGGGGCAUUGGCCAGGAUGUCAAUCUUGAAGCCGAAGGAUCGUGCCUCUCACGGGUUCAUGAUUCCACCGAACUCUCCCCACCUCUCUCAGCAGCCGACUGCUGCUUAUUUGGAUGAUCUGGCUGGCCAGGAUAUGGCUCAGAUCCCGAUUCCCGAUCCCGUUAUGCAAUCCCCAGCUAUUCCACCCUCAAGUCUGUUGGGAGCCCCCACAACAGUCACCACCUCCUCAGGAAUCGGCUUUCAAGACCCAUUCGACAAUACUGUUCCACUGAACGGGGCUCUUCUUCCAGCACCCGCAUCUCUCGCUGCAUCAGAAAACCUUUGGGCUGGCCCGGGCCCUACGGGACCUGAGCGUCUCCGGACACAAUAUUUUGAGCAUCUCUAUACUUCCAAAACUUCACUGGCAUUCUACGUCAAAGGACCACUGAGUCGGGCGCGAGCACAUGUGCGGUCAGGUGGAGAUCCUGCAAAAGCAAUACUCGAACUCUCCGAGUUCUAUGAGCAGAGUAUAUUGCCUACAAAGAAAAUCGACCUGAAAUACAAGGAGUCCCUGUCAAAAGUAAUCAGAGAACUGCCACCAAUGAUCGUCGAGCAGGAAGGAGAAGGUUUCGUCGGACAAGACACAUCUCAGAAGAAGAAAAAGUCUCGGAAGAAGAAAGUAAAGCUGGGCAAGGAUUGUCUAUGGCCUGAUGAGGAGGAGUUCAUUGCGAAGUGGUGGCGUGGUAGGGAUUUAAAGGCGACGAGUCUUACAGCAACUGGUCAGGCCGAGGAGAUGCGGAAAGAGUUCGCAGACUUGCGUAUGCGGGAGAGUGAGAUGCAAAUGCUUCUAAUUCUAGAGGUCAUGUUGCUCGGACUUGCAGGGUCACGACUCUCAGAGACUGCGAAGCCAGCCCAAGUAACAGAUCCAGAGGUAAAACUCCAGUCGGUCGAGGACGAAAACAAUGAGAUUCUGGCCACAGUUCCGCAAGUGCCACCAAAGGAGAAGAAGAGGCGCAACUGGUCGAGUGAGAUGGAUACUAUAGUCGAUCGUCUAUGCAUCUGGCACACCGUCAGCCUGGACGACUUCCCUGCGACAGAAGAUGGAGGCCGGAAGGAUGGCAGCAGCAGCACCUCUUCGAAACCCAAUGAACCCCUCAAGGACUUUUGCAAAGACGUCCUCCUCCCAUUCUACUCGACCAAACUUCCCGAGCAAGUCAAAUCAAUAUGUCGUAAGCUCGGCGGACCUGAAAUUUCGCCCAAGCGAUCCAAACAACUUCAUCCAGCGCCUGCAAUGACCCUACAUCGAUCGUCGUCAAUAUCAUCGCUCACGAGAUCAAAAUCAGCCAGGCCGCUUGCAAAACGGACUCUCGAAAGGGUUCUCAGUGAAGACCACCAACUUCAUCGGCACACCUCUCCACCAACCACCUUCUCGCGCGGACCCUCAGCAACAGCCUCCGUGACCCACAACCCUAUAAUCCCCGCUCUAAAGCGCGAGCCCUCGGAGAGGCCAGUCUCUCGGGGAGGCAACCUCUCGAAAUCAGUCUCUUUCAGCAAUCGCGAAAUUGACCUUGCCGCGGAUCAAAAAGCGCAUGAGCAGAAACGGCGUAAGCUCGAUCGGCUGGCGCAACAGAAGAGGGAGCUGGAGGCCGCGAUUGACGCGCUUAAGAAGCCUGAUCGCAAGACCGCGGCGGGGCUCUUCAUGGACGAAGUCGAGGACAGGAAGAGUAAGGAGAAAGAGAGAAAAUCAGCAGUCCAGAUAUCUGCGACGCCAAGGGCGAGGAGAGUCAAGGAGUCGCUGAUGGAGCCCGAGCUGCCGCAAUUGCCAAAAUUGAAGAUUCAGGAACGUGAUGCAGGGAUGGUCAUUCCUUCGUCAACGAUCAAGGCUCGGCCUUUACGUUCUGGAAUACCGAGUUCGAACAGCACGACUAGAUCGUCAGCCACCAAACGAGCAGUCCUUGCAGCUAUCCAUGAGACGCCAUCACGCGGGGUCGUGAAGAAAACUUCGAAUCCUCUGGACUUACCUCCGGUCUGUCCCCCUCUGGCAAAGGAGGUAGACCAAUUCACGAUCGCAGCGACCCCGGCGUCCAAACAAGUGAACAUGGGUAGAGAAGGCGAGCCUUUGUCAGAGCACGAUCCGCCCUCCGGAUCCCCCGCGCAGGCCGGUCCUUACGAGGAGAUCAACAGUGUGCAAAACUUGCACAUGACUCGCUCCCGGCGGCCAGUUCUGUUUACGCCCGUGAAAAGGUCCGAUGUGCCGCUGGACCAUGUAUUCCGUGACGCCCCGGAGAUUCCUGAGCAGGCCGGACGCAUGAUGGAUCGAGUCAUGGGCGGCAGGGGCCGCGGGAUGAUGAUGGAUGACAGCUUUCAGUGGUCGCAAAGUACUACAGAUGGUGUGACGAAGACGCCUGCACGAGGGACCGUUGAGCCAAAGGACUUUCCCAUGGGGAAUGUCGAGGAAGAUGAUAUUUACGACAAGUUGGGUUGGAAUGAUGACUUUGACCUGUGA